CAAGAACGUCUCACUCACUCCAAACCUAUAAUGCAUAAAGGUAACAUCUUUCCCUUCUCGGUUUCUUCCUCGUCCGAAGAAGAACUGAUUCUCCUCUGGCUUGAGUAAAACUACGACAUUUACUACCGCACUCACUCACACCAUCGUUUGUCUACCUGCUAUUCAGGCAGUGUAACAAAUGCUAACGAGUAAAAACCUUCACCAACUCUUAUUACUACACCCUGGUUUCAACUACUUACUACCCGGAUCGGACAACAUACUUCCGUGUUACCAUCGUCAUCAUCAUCUCUCUCACUACAGUCUCGUCAUACCACGCUACAGUUGCGCUUAAUAAGGAUCUGCAAGUUUGUUUGUGCCACAGCUAAAUACAGAGCUAAAUACUCGUAUGUAUGUGUCGACAUAUUUAUUAAUCAACGCUAUUGUCGUAUCUCCCAGUAUCAUAAUAAUAUUAAGUACUAAGCGAGUGACACUAAUUAUCCAAAUUAAAAUUAGUGAAAUUAUCAGUGUUUAUUUGCCACACGUGCGUUGCUUAUCAAAGAUCGGAGGGUGAAGCUCACCUUUCCCCUUCAUUACGUGCCUUAUCUAAAAAGUGUUGUGUGGUUUGACUCUCAUUAUUUAUCAGUACCACAUGCAUCCAUAUUAAAUAAAAUAGUGAAUACAAGAAGAAGGGGACUGUGUGUGUUUUGCAUGUAGUUAUUUAUUUAUUUGAGCUACUAUACAAAGUGACAGACAGCAAGAAGAGAUCAAUUCUUCCUGUUGUUGUUAUGUUCUUACACCUUCGGGACUUGGCUAUACCUUCCUCCGAGUCUUCGUCAUUAGCCAUCAAGCUGUCUUCCCCCUGGACUCCGAAUUCGGCCCCCGCUCCCGACAACGGAGCGGGGAGUGACCGCAGUCUUGAUGUCAGUGACGAUGACAAGGACUUAUCGUCUUCAGAUGCGGAAGGAGUUUGGAGCCCGGAUAUUGAACAAAGUUUUCAAGAAGCCCUUGCCAUUUACCCACCAUGUGGCAGAAGAAAAAUCAUCCUAUCUGAUGAGGGUAAAAUGUAUGGGAGAAAUGAGUUGAUAGCAAGAUAUAUAAAACUACGAACAGGAAAGACCAGAACCAGGAAACAAGUCAGCUCUCACAUCCAAGUUCUCGCACGCAGGAAAAUGCGUGAAAUUCAAGCCAAACUGAAGCAAAAUCAGGAUCAACAAGCCAAAGACACUCAAAAGGCUCUUCAGACGAUGUCGUCAAUGUCCAGUGCACAAAUUGUAUCUGCAACUGCCAUGAAUAAGGCUGCAGCUGCUGUCGGUUUAGCAAAACUUGGGCUUGGAGCGACUGUCCCCUAUCCAGGAGCAUUUUGGCAAGCUGGUCUUCAACCAAAUUCUCAAGAUGUCAAACCGUUUGCGCAAACUAUGUACGGUGGUCCACCUGGUGCCAACGCUCAUCCUGCGGGGGGUGGAAACGGGCCCUCCGAUGUAAUUUCCGUUCCUCCUGGAUCUGGAUGGGAAGGAAGAGCUAUCGCCACACACAAACUCUGCUUGGUUGAGUUCUCAGCUUUCAUGGAACAACAAAGAGACCCAGAUACAUAUCAGAAACAUUUAUUUGUGCAAAUUGGACCGGUGUCAUACUCCGACCCAGUGCUUGAGGCUGUCGACGUGCGACAAAUCUAUGACAAGUUCCCAGAGAAGAAGGGUGGUCUAAAGGAGCUAUAUGACAAAGGACCUCAGAAUGCUUUUUUCCUUGUCAAAUUCUGGGCCGAUCUCAACUCUAAUAUCCAGGAUGAAGCAGGAGCAUUCUAUGGUGUCACCAGCCAGUAUGAAAGUAAUGAGAACAUGACCAUCACAUGCUCGACAAAAGUAUGCUCUUUCGGAAAGCAAGUAGUGGAGAAGGUGGAAACCGAGUACCCAAGAUUUGAAAACGGCCGCUUUGUAUAUCGCAUCCAUCGCUCCCCGAUGUGCGAAUACAUGAUCAAUUUUAUUCACAAAUUGAAGCAUCUUCCCGAAAAAUAUAUGAUGAACAGCGUCUUGGAAAACUUCACCAUUCUUCAGGUUGUGACAAACCGAGAGACUCAAGAAACCUUGCUUUGUAUUGCUUAUGUAUUUGAAGUAUCUUCCUCUGAUCACGGAGCACAGCAUCACAUUUACAAACUUUCAUGUACCCCCCUUUAACCAGAUGGGUCCAGCAUUUUCUCUCGCCAACAUCCUUUAAAUUAUGUAGUGGUCAAUAACCCAUUGUGGAAAUCCCUUUUUGCACUGAUGGUGACUACAAAAUGCUGAAUAUCCCCAACAACUUGUGAAAGAAUAUAAUAAUACAACUCGAAAAGGAUGAUCAAGUAUAUAUAUUACCAACAACGUAUUUAUUGUCUGUGAACUGUUCUUGAGCUAUUGGCGAAACUAUCGUGAGAUUUACACUAAAUACCUUCGGUGAAGGUACCUAUGCAAGAAUCAGAGUUCUUCGUCUCAACUUAUCGAUUUCGAUCGAAGUGCCUUCUCUAUACUCCAGCAGAAUUCUUGUAUACAUGCCCUUAUACAUAAAUACAUAACACAUACAUAUUCAAUGAUGACUACAAGUACUGAUUUUUUUUUAUCUUUUUGGCAAUCGUUUGUGGUUAGUUUUUGGUGUAAUAUUGAAUCCUAGUCUCUAUGAGGAAAACUCAUGAUUUUCCUCCGUCCGUAUGAAAUAUUUUUGAUGAUGUCAAUCAUGCAAGGUUUUAAAUCAUAUUUUAUAAAUGUCAAUUAAUAUUUCUAGCGUGGUAAUAAUAUGACGGAACCCGUACCAUUGUACUCUCAUUUGUCAAGUAUAAUUAUGUGCCAAUAGAAUUUAUUUAUAGAGUUUCGUUGUUUAAAAAUGCGUUGUGAGUUCAAACGUGACUUCAAAGCUUAUCCAUAUCAAUAUUGUAGUUUCAUAGAAAAUGACAUAGAUACUGACAUGAAGCUGUAUCGUUAUACCUUUCUUAAUUAGGUUAUCAUCAUCUUUGUAGCUAGAUUUUUAGAUAUUAUAUAGUAUCAAUUCGUUGACUCCUUAUGUGAUGAGAUUUGAAGCGAGUUGUAAAUUAUUUUGUUCUCCGGCUUCUAAAUAGUACGGGAGUGAACCACCAACCACCAACAACAAUUGUAUGAGCUCUACCUACAAUUAACACUUUUUCAUAGAUACAUAUUAUAUAUUGUUGUUCAGUACGAUAGAACGGUUAUACUUUCCCCUAGUAUUAACAUUUCUCUUCAUUGUUCCGUUGUAACUGAUUAUAGUAUUCAGUUUUCAAUCAAGGAGGUAUCUCAUGCAGCUAUGCGCUGGUCAAACUCAUAAUUGUGGCCUAUCAAGUUUAUUUACCAAUAAAGACCCAACUCAAAC